AUGGGCCCCAGGCUCCAGCACGCUGGUGGGCUCGUCGGCGGCUUCAAAGACAGAAGAGCCCCACCCAGACGUCAAACAUACCGACAAGUCGUAGCAGAAGGCCUUCUCCGAGUUCUGGUGAGGCAGCAGAAGAGCCUCCAGUUCGGAUUUGCUCUCGGUGUGCUCCUCCUCCACCUCUCCCUUCAACGUCAACUGAUUCUCCAUGUAGACGAGUCUGCCGCUCUAGGAGGCCUCGGCCGGCUAAAUGGGCACCAGGCUCCAGCACGCUGGUGGGCCAGUCGGCGGCCCAGGGACAGAAGAGCCUCACCCAGACGCCAACCAGACCGACAAGCCGUAGCAGACGGCCUUCUCCGAGUUCUGGUGAAGCAGCCGAAGAGCCUCAGGCUCGGACUGUCUGGACAGGCAUGGCAGACAGACGGGAUCCUCUCCGCCUGGAAGCUCUGCUCGUCCGGCAGCCUGGGCUUGUUUACCUGCUUCAAACUCUCCAUACAGACAAGUCCGCCGCUCUGGGAAGCCUCGGUCGGUGAAAUGGGCGCCGGGCUCCACGCCGCCGGUUUGACCGUCGGUGGCUUCAAGGACAAAAGAGCCCCACCCAGUCCACAACCAGACCGAGGGUUCUUAGUACACGCCCUUUCCGAGUCCUGUCGGGCUGGGUACGGCAGAUGGACGGUCCCUCUCCGCCUGGAGCUCUUGUCGUACGACAGAAUGGGCUCGUCCACCUGCUCCAAACUCUCCAUGCAGAGGAGUCCGCCGAUUUGGGAAGCCUCGGCCGGCGAAAUGGGCGCCGGGCUCCAGGACGCCGGUGGGCCCGUCGGCGGCGGCUCCAACGACAGAAGGGCCCUACCCAGUCGACAACCAGACGGACUUGUCGUAGCACACAGCCUCCUACAAGUCCUCGUGACGCAGCAGUACGACAGAUUUAUCACGGCCAAAUCCUCCUCUAAAACCUCGCGUCGCAUCUCCACAUUGCUAAAAUAG